AAAUAUGGAGUUAAGAAGAGCAGCUUGGAUGAAGCAAUCAAGGAUUUGGAGAUAUGGCAAGGUUUGGCCCACCAAUCCUGGUUUCUGUUACUAAGAAUUGCCGAUACGCAAGUGGACCAGGCUUUGGCUGCAAGCAGUGGCGCCCGUGAAUCUGGCUCUGAUACAAAUACGAAGACAAUGGUCAGUAUACGUGCUGCAUUACAGCAGAACAGCAGUGGAACCUCUGGAAUGUCACCCAAAGACAUAAAGAGCAUGGUCGUUCGUUCAGUUCCCAUCUGCGAUGGCAUCGAGGUGGCGACUAGGACGUUUUCACACGGGCCACCCAAGAGGUAUAUUCUCAACCACAUACAGUGUGAGCCUGGUGCGAAGCCGCAAAUGCUGAAGCGCAACGUCCGCGAUCUUGUGCAGAAGCUUCAGGCCGGCGAUCCAUACACUUUCGGCUUGUUGAAUUGCAAGGGCUUCGUUGCGGAAACAGUCCCAGUGGGAUCUGCUGAACUUCUCUCGCUGACGCUGGUCUUUAGAGAGCCUCCAGUGGCACAUAAUCCUAGAAGCCUACGGGAGAUUUUUCUCAAUACACCAACAUCCACGUCAACUACACGGCGACUCGAAAUCGCGCGAGAUCUAGCUAGGUCCGUUGGUUAUGUGCAUACCUUCGGCUUCGUACACAAGAAUGUCCGUCCGGAAUCGGUCCUUAUCUUCGAUCAUGCCAAUAGAGAAGGUAUGGCUGCGUUUCUAGUUGGUUUCGAGAACUUUCGACGAGACGAAGGCUGGACGGCGCGGCGAGGCGACGAUGUACCGGACAAGAAUUUGUACAGGCAUCCAUCUCGGCAAGGUUUCAGCCCUCACGACGACUACGAGAUGCGCCACGAUAUAUACAGUUUGGGAGUGUGCUUGUUGGAAAUUGGCCUCUGGAGUAGCUUUGUCGAUUACGACCCCACAACCGGGGCGCAUAGCCUUUCUCAACUGCUCACAGCCAGGUCUGAGAAAGACAAAAUCCUUUUCGUCGCUCUUACUCGAUGCCCCCUGCCAGGGAGCAUGGGCGAUAAGUAUGCAGAGAUUGUAGAGACCUGUUUGACGUGUCUAGAUCCAGAUAAUGUUGAUUUUGGAGAUGAAAAGGCAUUUGAAGACGAGAAUGGAGUCCUUGUUGGCGCUCGCUACAUUGAGAAGGUUCUUCUUCGUCUAGGGAAGCUGAGUAUGUAG